UUCCACCACUCAGCUCUACUGAACACACAGGCUCAAACUUCCAUUAUCUUCAGGCUUCAUCUCUGCUCUGUACUGUAUUUGACUAGAGUCUAGAGAGAGAGAGAGAGAAAUGUCGUCGGGUGUGCCCACAACUACUUCAACGAGAAGGAUGAAAUGGAACCAGGCGGCGCCACCGCCGCCCACCCCAAAAAUCAUCCACUUGCCCAGGAGGCCUCGCCGGAAGAGCCCCAAGACGGCCGCGAAGAAGCCCCCUUCCUCCUCCCACAAGUGGCGCCGCCACUCGCUCAACCCCAUGGAGCUCCUGCAUGAGGAGUACUACUACAAGGGGAAGCUGGAGAGGCUGUUCGGCCAGGAGAGGGAGUUCUCCAGGGCUGGGGUUGUCCCCAUUGUGGUUCUCAACUCCGCGAAUUCGUGUGCCGAUAGCGACAGCGAUAGGAGGGAGCGAGUGGAGGACGGCGUCGAGGCGGCGGCGGAUUUUGCGGAGGAGAAGUGGCGGUUUCAGGCGGAGAUGUUGAGGGCGGAGUGUAAUUUCCUGAGAAUGGAGAGAGAGUUUGCUCUGAAGAAGCUGGAGAGAAACCGAGUUCAAAUGGAAACCACUCUCAGAUCGGCUGUUCAGACCCUUAUUUCUGGAAAGAAGAAAAUAUAUGAAGGAAAGAAUGGCAAUGCCAUUCUGGAACAAGAGAUUGAGGAUUUGGAAGAGAAGCUAGAUGAGCUGAAAAGGAGCUCCAAGAAAAAUAAUAGGGAUUUUGAAAUCAAGAAAUGCAGCAGCAACUUUGAUAAGCAAGCAUGCCUGUUGCAGAGAAGGCUGGAAAAGCUGGGUGGAUUAUCAGAUCAAAAAUGCCUCCUCCUCAAUGCCCCCGAAAUCGACAAACAAACUCACACCACUUCUGCCUGCAAAACCAUCCAAAAAUCGACUGAUGUUGAGUUAUUACGGAGAAUGGAAGGACUGUCAAAAUGCAUGUUAGAUAGAAUGGAGGAGGAAUAUGGAGCAAUAAUUUCUAGUACUGCAGCCAAUGUCUCUGCUGCUAGUUCAGCUUCCACUUCCACUUCCAAUUCCAAUUCCAAGCAAAUGGAGUUCUCUGACCCAUUGGCUUUCUCCACCCGACAACCGCAUCAGGAGGCAAUGCCGGUGGAGGAGAACAGAUGUUCUGGGCGUUGUAAAGCAAUAGUACGCAGGAUUGUAGAGCAAGUGAAAGCGGAGACAGAGCAAUGGUCGCAAAUGCAAGAAAUGCUCGGGCAGGUGAGGGAAGAGAUGCAGGAACUCCAAGCUUCUCGUGAUUUCUGGGAAGACAGGGCGCUUGAAUCUGCUCGCGAAAUCCAGUCCCUGCAGUCUACAGUGCAAGAAUGGAAAGAGAGAGCAUUGUCCUCUGAAGCCAGGGUUAAAGAGCUGCAGAUGCAACAAUCUGCAGCUAAAGAAAGUCUUGAAAAGUUGAGGAGGGCAAAGCAAGGCAAUGAUCAAACCAGAGAAGCAAAAUCAACCCCGAAUUCACCCAAGGCUCCACUAGGCAAACAGAUUGAGAAAGAAAAGCGGGUACUGAUCUCCCGAGGGAAGGAAAACCAGGCUGUUGAUGACAGAAGGGGCAAGACUAUUGCUGAGAGAACUUUGGAGAUGACACCCACCAAAGAAGCGCCACCGAUUUCUUUGGCGAAGCAGAUCGAGAAGGAGAAACGCAUGCUUCUGAGACGUCUCAAGGAAAACAUUCGGGGUAACAAUGACAAGAUGAGCAAGUUAGAGCUUUCUCCUAGCGAAAGAAGAAAAGCGCAGACACACAAUGAUGGAGUGGCUGGUCCUAAAAGAUCACCAUUUCGAGAUGUUGCAAAUUCUUCGCCCUUGGUGAGGCAGAACAGCAAGGCGGUUUUUCCUUGGCACAGCCCUGAGCAUGGCAAGGUAGUAGAGCAUUGCAUUUGAAAACUUGAGAUAAAAGAGUUGAGUGAAUGAGUUGGAUAACAAAUGAAAGCCAAAAUGCCUAUCUGUUCCCUCCCUUUCAGCUUCCCUCAUAGAUUUCUUAGCCGCAGUGAAGAGAAGACUUCCUCUGGAAUAAUUUAUGCUCUUAGUUUUCAUAGUUAGAAAUUUGUGUUGUAUUUUAUCUGUUCCCUCACCACUAUAAAUAGCUAAAGGUGCGUUCCGAAAAGUGGUUAGAAUAGUCAAUCACUCUUUAAUUCAACAUUCCUUAUGCCCAGCAGGUUGACUUGUGUACUACAAAGUUAUAAGUUUGACUUUUAGUGGGAGCUACCUAUUGACCU